GCUAGUUCAGACAUGGCGGAUUCCGCGCGGAUGCAAAUCGCGCGGUUGAACCGCGCGGAUCCUAAUUACAUUAGCGCCUUACAAAUCGUUCAUACCUGUCCGCACGGAUUGACAAUCCGCGCGGCUCAACCGAGAAAAUGAAUUCGCGCGGUCGCCGCUCGGUUUUAUUUACUUGACGUACCUAGAGGGCGUUCAGUUGCUCCGCGGAAGCCGCGCGUAUCGGACGGUGACAAUGGAUCGCUUCGACACCGAGCUAUUCAUCGAUGAGGUGGAAAAAAGACCUGCUUUGUGGAACAUCCAAUGUGCAGAAUAUUCUAACAAAACGAUUAAAAACGGAGCUUGGCAGGAGCUGGUGGAGAUUUUUGGAGAAAAUGAGGAUUCUUUGGAAAAGAAGGUUCUUUUUGGUGUAUCAUUACAAAAAAAAUGGAAGAACAUCCGUGAUGCUUAUAAUAAGGAAUUCAAGAAAGGCAAAUCAAUUCCUUCUGGUUCUGGUGCAUGUAAAGGUUCAAAAUACAUGUAUUUCGACCGGCUUUCUUUUCUUCAGAAGACGAUAGAAAACAAAGAAACUAUCACAAACAUAGAUGAAGCCAAAAAUGAAGAAAUUCGGAACAUUGACCAAAAGCUAGAUAAUUUUGUAAAUGCACGUGAAAUACAACCGGUACCCAAUAAAAGGAAGAAAACUAAAAUUACUUCAGAAGAGCGAUUGGCUAACAUAUUAGAAAAUAGUAUUGAAUCAAGAGAUAAAAUACAAAGACAAAUACAAGAAAGUAUGUCAAAGCAAGAUGAUGAUGAUAAACUUUUUUGCAUGUCAUUGUAUAAAGAGUUAAAGAAAGUUCCAGAAAAUAAACGAUUGGCUACUAAAAUUGAAUUGCUCCAGGUAAUACAGAAAGGGCAGAAAUUACCAUCGCCUAUUCAUAUCACGAGCCAGCAAAACACGCCUAAUGCAGUAUUUUGGCAAAACCAACAAUAUUCAAACCCACAAGGAUAUUUCACUGGAUAUUCUACAAUAGUACCAGGAGAGUCUCCAUCGCCUUUAUCAUGCAAUAGCACUGACGAUUCACAGUCUUCUAUAGUACAAAAUAUAUAUUCUGACGUAUAAAAUAAAUAUCUUACCUUAAUGUGA